AUGACGGGCGCCCGUCUGCAGACGCUGCAGGUUCUGGAGAGAAACCCCUGCAGUUCGAUCAAGCCCAUCGUGGAGGAGAGGGAACAGGAGAAGGAGGAGGAAGAGGCGGAGGAGGAUGCCGCGAGGGAAGAGGGAAUGCAAGGGGAAGGAACCGUGAGCACCUCGACAAAAGGCAGGUCAAACGGUCUGAGCAGACUCGACAGGUUAUAUCAGUCGUGGAAACAGCGCGGCUGCUCCUAUUCACAUCAUAGGUGGCUGGGGAGCGGUGGCGGACCACAAUGGCGGCUCAUGGUCCCAAUCCCACGAGUCAGAUAA